AUGGCGGAUAGUACUUGUAAAGGCAUGGCUAAGCUGAGCCUGGAGGGCCGCGACAAAGCUACCAUUGCCAUUCACGCCGACGAUCCCCUCAACGUCGUCACGGAUGUCGCCCCGCCACUCCACGUCUCCACGACAUUCCGAUACUCGGACAACCCGGACGAUCUGCUCCCAUUCGACUUUGAACGCGACACGGCCCCCAACCCGGACCCCACCUGUCACAUCUACUCCCGCGACAGCGCCCCCAACUACACGCGCUUCGAAACCAUCCUGUCCGCGCUCCUCGGCGGCCACUGCACCGCCUACGCAUCCGGCCUCGCCGCGUUCAAUGCCGCGCUGGUCCUACUCAAUCCCAAGCGCAUUGCGGUCGGCAAUGGGUACCACGGCUGCCAUGGCGUGAUCGGGCUCAUGUCCCGGCUCACGGGGCUGGAGAAAAUCGCGCUGGAUUGUCCGGCCGAAGAGCUGGGGAAAGGGGAUGUCAUUUUGUUGGAGACGCCUCUGAAUCCGUAUGGAACGUCGUCUAAUAUCAAGGACUACGCCGACAAGGCGCAUUCGCGCGGGGCGUAUUUGAUUGUGGACAGUACGUUUGGUCCGCCCGGUUUGCAGGAUCCGUUUCUCUGGGGAGCGGAUGUCGUCAUGCAUUCCGGCUCGAAGUUUUUUGGUGGGCAUAGUGAUAUGCUCUGCGGUGUGCUUGCGACUAAGAACGAGGAGUGGAGGAAUAGGCUGUUUGCAGACAGGUUGUUCUUGGGUAACAUGAUGGGUAACAUGGAGGGUUGGCUGGGGGUUCGCAGCCUGAGGACCCUAGAGAUCCGGGUGCAGCGACAGAGCCAGAAUGUCACGGCGCUAGUUGGGUUCUUGGAUCAAGCUUUGAAGAAGCCCAACCCUGAGCCUGGCGAUGAUGCGAGUGUUGUGCAGGCCGUAGUUAGGGAGAUAACUCAUUCCAGCCUUCAGCAAGGGGACAUGGCCUGGCUGCCGAAGCAGAUGUCUGGCGGGUACGGUCCCGUAUUUUCUCUUAUACUGAAGGAGGAACGCAUGGCAAAGAUGCUGCCUGCGAGACUACGCCUUUUCCACCAUGCUACCAGUCUCGGAGGUGUUGAGUCUUUGAUUGAGUGGCGUGCAAUGACCGAUGCAGCUAUUGAUCGAAGCCUUCUGAGAGUGAGCGUAGGGUUGGAGAGCUGGACUGAUCUCCGGGAUGAUUUGCUAGCCGCAUUUAAGACUCUACUAAAUUGA